AUGAGUCAAAGUAUUAUGAAUGAGAUAUUUAAAUUAGUAUUGAAUUAUAAUAAUUAGGUUUGUUUUGAUGGAACUUAAUAAAAGAAAUGGACAUAAUGUAAAGAUUUAGAUAGUUAACUUUAAUUUAUUAGAGAUGCAAUACCUUAAAAAAUAAUUGAUGCCACUAAAAAUUAUGAUUAUGAAGCUUUAGAAAAACAAGUUUAAAAAUAUGAACAUGAGAUUCGUAAGCACAUUCGAGUACAUUAUCAUUAAAUUUUAAAUUAGAUGGAAUAACAAAUAAAACUAUAUGCAGAAUCGUUAUAAUAAAAAUUAGAAGAACAAGAGAGUGUAAAUGAAUGUUUAAGUAAUACUAAACAAUUAGUGAAUGUAAUAAUUAUAAAUUUCUAGUCUUUAAAAAAAGAGAAUCAAUAAUUGAUAGAAUAAGUAAAAAGAUUGCAAAGUGAAAAUUACAUUCUAAAAUCUAAACUAAUUGAUGUAAGCGAGAGAAUUAACAGUCAUUAGACUUCUCCUGUCUAAGAUAAAAUAAAAAAUUAAGAUUCUCAUCAUCUCAAAGUAAAUAUCUAAAGUAUAUUAAGAAUAGUUAGAGAUAUUAGACUAUAGAUUUUGUAGCUCCGAAGUAAAAGAUAAAUUCAAGAAAUAUAGAAGAUUAUAGUAAAUAAUAUGCUGAGGUCAAAACUUAGAUAAGUAAUACGAUAGAUAGUUCUAUCUUGAAAAUGCUUUAAAAUCGUAGAGAUUCUUUAAAAUAGAAUGAUGCUUAUAGAUCAUCAAGAGAUUCAUCAACAAUAGAAAAAAAUGAUUCUAAUAAAAUAAAAUCAUGUAUCAAUCAUCAGAGGGCUGCAAGUUAACAAUAAAAAAUAUAACAUAAAUAAAUGAUGGAUACAAAUAUUUAAUAAGUUAAAACUACUACAGAAAAUGUCAAAUUUGAUUUAAAAAAUCAAAGUGAUAAUUUAAGGGCAUUUCUUAAUACUUAAAGUUUCCUCUGCAAUAAAAAGAGUAAAACUAAUUCUAGACCCGAAAAUAGAUAUAAUAAAAGUCAUAGUGAACAUUAGAAUGCUAACAAUAAUUAUACAGACAUAUAAAAGUAUUUCUUGUUUAUCUAUUAAGAACUAAUAAAAUCCAAAAAGAAUAUUUAUAAUUUUCAUAGAAUUAUUAAAAAUAUUUAGAUAAUUAGCUAUGA